UUCCGCUUCCGGCCAGAGAGGAGACGGCGGCUGAGAGUUCCGGUGUUCCCCAGUUCCCCCCCAGCUCAGCUCUCAGCGAUCCCCCGGAGACUCCUCACCCGCCAGGUCCGACCAUGCUGACCCUCCUGUCCCGGCUGCUGGACUGGUUCCGCUCGCUCUUCUGGAAGGAGGAGAUGGAGCUCACCCUGGUCGGGCUGCAGCACUCGGGGAAGACCACCUUUGUCAAUGUCAUAGCGUCAGGCCAAUUUAGCGAGGACAUGAUUCCAACUGUGGGAUUCAACAUGCGGAAAGUGACGAAAGGAAACGUAACUAUAAAGAUCUGGGAUAUAGGCGGGCAGCCGCGAUUUCGCAGUAUGUGGGAGCGCUACUGCCGGGGCGUCAAUGCAAUAGUCUACAUGGUGGAUGCUGCAGACCGAGAGAAAAUAGAAGCGUCUCGCAAUGAGCUCCAUAACCUGCUGGAUAAGCCACAGCUACAGGGUAUACCAGUUCUGGUCCUUGGGAAUAAGAGAGACCUCCCCAGCGCACUGGAUGAGAAGCAGCUGAUAGAGAAAAUGCACCUGUCAUUGAUCCAGGACAGAGAAAUCUGCUGCUAUUCCAUUUCCUGCAAAGAGAAGGAUAACAUCGAUAUCACGUUACAGUGGCUUAUCCAGCAUUCCAAGUCACGCCGUAGCUAAAGGCCUUUGUACAAUUAACUGCUGCUAUGUUUUAUGGAAUGUGCCCUUCUUCUUUCCCACCCUGACCCAAGGAUGUGCCCUUCAUCUCUACGUUCUGCGCCGAGGGACAUGCUCUUUACACUGUUUAACAGAAGAUGUACCAUUGUUCCUGUCUACUGUACACCUGAGGAUGUGCCGUUACAUGGGGUCCUGUCCUUCCUGUUCCUGCUCUUAGUUGGCCGAAAACAGAACAUAUUGGGGAUUACACUUCUAGCUCUCCACUUGAGCAAUCCUGUGUGCAAGUCGGUUCCAUUCAAGUCACAACGAAAUAUAGGAUUUCCCAUUCAUCAAACUACUGCCCUUUAUAAAUCUGCCCUCCUUCCCUUGUCUCCAAGCCUGGUAAUCCGCUAAUUUCUCAUACAUAUAUUCUUUCUCCUGAACAAUAUCCCUCAUUAACCGAUCAGCCGUAACAUUAAAACCACUGGCAGGGGAAGUGAAUAAUAUUCAUUUUCUGGUUACAACGACACCUGUCAAAGGGUAUGAUAAAUAAGGCAGCGAGUGACCAUUUAGUUCUGGAAGAUGAUGUGGUGGAAGCAGGAAAAUUGGGCAGUUGUGAUGGUUAGACGAUUGGGAUAGAGCAUCUCCAAAAUGACAGGUUUGUGGGGUUUUCCUGGUAUGCGGUGGUUACUACUUACCGAAAGUGGUCCAAGGAAGCAGAACCGGUGAUAGGGUUAUGGGCGCCCAAGGCUUAUUGAUGCCGUGGGGGAGCGAAGGCUAGCCCAUCUGGUCCAAUCCAAUAGAAGAGCUACUGUAGCACAAAUUGCUUGAAGAAAUAUAAUUCUGGCUAUGAUAAAAAGGUGUUAGAACACGCAGUGCAUCGCAGCUUGCUGCAGACUGGUCAAAGUGCCCAUGUUUACCAUUGUUCACCUUCGAAAGCACCUACAAUGGGCACAGUACUGGACCAUGGAGCAGUGCAAGAAGGUGGCCUGGUCUGAUGACUCGCGUUUUGAUUUAUCUUGGGUCCUGUCAUUCAUGUAGCUGUUACUUCGACACGUACCACUUACCUCAACAUUGUUACAGACCAAGUACACCCCUUCAUGGCAACGUUAUUCCCUGAUGGCAGUGACCUUUUUCAGCAGGAUAAUGCGUCCUGCCACUGUGCAGUCAUUGCUCCGGAAUGGUUUGAGGAACAAGACUAAGAGUUCAGGUGUUGACUUGGCCUCCACACUCCUCAGAUCUCAAUCCGAUCAAGCAUCUGUGGGACGUGCUGGAAAAACAAGUCCGAGCCAUGGAGGCCCCACCUUACAUCUCACAGGACUUAAUGGUUCUACUGCUAAAGUCUUGGUGCCAGAUACCACAGGACACCUUCAGAGAUCUUGUGGAUUACAUGCCUCAAUGGGUCUGUGCUGUUUUGGUGGCAUGAAGGGGGGGGCCUACAUAAUAUUAGGCAGGUGGCUUUAAUGUUAUGGCUGAUGGGUGUAUGUCUAUGUUCUGCAUGAAGGCCUAGAAUGAUUCUCGGAGUUCCGCUCUUGUCACUGCACUUUAGGAUCAGGUCUUUGGCUUUUUUCAACAUAACCUUCCUCUUCCCUUCCCUCCUUUUACUACCGCUGACCGUUGCCUUUCCUUCAACUCACAAACGUGCCUUCAUGUCCUCUCUUUUCCCCCAUACACAUGUCCCAGGUGUGUGUCUACAACUUUAAACUAACUCUCCAUUAAUGAGGAAUCCUAUCUGUGACUAAAGCCGGGACAUCUGAAGACAUGUCAAGAGCAUGCACAUGGCAUACUCGUGUGUUCUAGCCGUGAUGAGAGAUGGGUUCUACAGCAAAUUUCCAAAAAGUAAAGUCACUUGAUUGAAAUGAAGAUGCCAAAUUAGACCUGGGCACACACGCAGUGAGGACCCUUGGGGUGGACAGCCUAAGUUCUUAGAAGGAUCUCCCUGUCUAUAUGUGAUGGCCAUGUCGGAUACUUUGCACAGUGCUGGACUUUUGUACACCACAUCAAUACCAACACAUCAGAGUCCGCUUAGAACUUGAGAAUGUGGCCCGAUGCCUAACGCUUUGAUGGACUUCAUUAUCUUUUCACAGCGGAUUGCCAGGGCUGCUGUUGAAUGUAAAAUGUGAAUGUCUCCUCCUCAGAAGCUUACGUCAGACUGUGGUGCAUUGCAGAGCAUUACGCACCCCUCGGUAUGCAGAGCAGUUACCAUCAGGAGAUAGAAUUCUCGCACUGCAGAAAUACUCCUUUUAUCCCUCCACAUAGUACACAAGAGGGGGCUGCGUCUCCGGUACAGGAACCCUGUCCAGCUCCAUGUUCCAUUCCUGACGCUUGUGCAUUGCCCUGUACAAGAGCUUGGUACGUCACCCCUCCAACGCUCGGGUGUGUUGGCGACGCUGUAGCUGCUGCCUCCGCCGCGGUACUCCGAGCCUUUGCUUUUGCUCACAAUGUAUUGCUGCUACUCACAUUUCCCUUUAUUUUGCUUGUGCCUACUAUCUGAGAGUAAUAGAUCUCCACAGAACCAGGACGCGCUACUCUCUGCCUUUCCACAGACGCGUUUGUCUCCAGCCCCAGUACAGGGAUCGCGCUCCUCUAGAACUGAUGGAUCUAUAGGUAUUCCGGCCUGAACACAAGUUUGUUUUAUAAAUCCAAAUUCCAGUGACUUCAGUUGAUUGUCUUGUGCCCGUCGUCCUGCAAAUAUUUACCAGUAAUUUAUUAUUUUGUCUAUUUGACUUCUGUGCUUUAUAUCCCUGUUCGUACAUCAUCAGGCAGUAUUAAAUAUUAUUGUUGCCCUUGGUUACAUCACAAACCCACUCUCUGAAUACAAUUGGUACCCAUUGCAGAGAGCACAGCAGGUUUGUGUUGCAGCAGGGCAGGCUUGGCCGACCUGUGGCACUCCGGCUGUUGUGAAACUACACAUCCCAGCAUGCCCUGCCACAGUCUUACCAUUCCCUAACCGCAAAACUGGCAGGGCAUGCUGGGACUUGUAGCUUCACAUCGGCUGGAGAGCCACAGCUUGGCCAGGCCUGAAAAUAAACCGCACUGCCUGAAAGCGGUUACAGUUUGCAGGACAACAGGUGCAAACAGACAAUUGAAGUGUCUUAGGGGGAGAUGUACCAAGCUUUAGAGAGGGAUAAAGUACCAGCCAAUCAGCUCCUGUCAUGUUACAGGCUGUGUUUAAAAAAAUGACAGGAGCUGGUUAGUUUGUCCCUUAUCUCCACCCGCAUUUUCUCUGUCCUUAGUACAUCUGCCCGUUAUUGCGGAAACCACAUGGAACUUAGUCUAUGAACUAGGAACUCUAGAUAAUGUUACACCACAGGGAUAGGCAACAUCUGCAUUCCAGCUGCUGUUGAACUACACAUCCCAGCAUGCCCUGACACAGUUUUUGCAUGCUGAGAGGUAUAGUUCCAUAGCAGCUGGAGCACCGCAGGCUGUCUACCCGUUAUACCAUAUAACACUUUGCCCUUUACUGUUGUAACUAUGUGAACCUAGCAUUCGUGCCGUCACAAAUGGCAACCAAUUAGAUAACGGCUUUCAUCAGACUAGUAAAAGCCAUUCUCUGAUUUGUUGCUAUAGGUCACAGUAUAUUUGCACUUUAUUCAAUAAGUCCUUUGGUGCCUUAUGUUUUACCACUACUUCGUCUAAUUCACUAAUGAAAAGCCCCAGAUCUGUUCUAGAGAUUAAUGAAUGACUUGAGAUUGGGAUGUUCGAUUCUUGCCCCUCAUUCUUCCGGCUGGUCGGCCAUCCUGGGCUCGGAGACGAAGCGUCUGUUACAGCAGGGGCAUCAGCGUGGGUGCAUGAAGAUGUCAAAAUGCGCCCCCCCUGCGCGGUUCUGUGGACGUCGGCUGCUGCAUGCACAUCACCUCCAUGAAACUUGUAAAUAGAGAAAUUGAUUUUUUAGUGAAUGUUGCGCGUCUCCCGCACCACCCCUUACACAGCGCUCUAACAUUUUAGGGGUUUUAUAGGCUAUUUUAACUGUACAGAACUUUUGAUUCUAAAUGGAAAGCUUUAUGUAUUUUAUUUAUGCCAGUGAUGAUGAUCAAUCCAUUUUCAGCUGGGAGUCUGCACACUGGUGCGUUACAGGUGAACAUUAAAGUGGUAGAAAUCCA